AUGGCGACCGCGUACUACGAGAGCUCCAGGCCCCGGGGCGGCCCCGCGGAGGAGGCGGACGACUUCGAUGAGUUCGACCCCACGCCGUACGGCGGUGGGUACGACCUCGCCGUCACCUUCGGCCGCCCGCUGCCGCCGUCCGAGGAGACCUGCUACCCGUGCUCGGCGCCCUCCACCUCCUACGACGCGCCGCACUACUCCGCCUCCGAGCCGUCUCCGUACGGCCACCACGCCAAGGCGAAGCCCAACUACGGGUUCCGCCCCCAGCAGGAGCAACAGCCGCCUUACGGAUCCAGGCCCGAGCCCCCUGCGGAGGAGGGCGGUGGCUAUGGAUCUGGCUACGGAUCCGGGUAUGGUAGGAAGAAGCAGGAGGAGGAGAGCUAUGGCUCUGGGUAUGGAUCUGGGUACGGGAGGAAGCCGCAGGCGCAGGAGAGCUACGGGUCCAGCGGGUACGGCUCUGGCUACGGCGGUCAGGUCCGGCCGGAGGAGAGUUAUGGGUCUGGCUACGGGAGGAAGCCACAGGUAGAUGAGAGCUACGGAUCGGAGUAUGGGUCUGGGUACGGAUCUGGGCACGGCAGGAAGCCACAGGUUGAGGAGAGCUAUGGAUCAGGGUACGGCAGCAGGCCGCAGGGUGGGGAGGAGUAUGGCAGUGGUGGGUAUGGGAGGAAGACUCAGGAGGAGAGCUAUGGUUCCUCGGGGUAUGGCUAUGGCAGGAAGAACGAGGAGCAGAGCUAUGGUGGUUCUGGUUAUGGGUAUGAGAAGAAGGCAUCUGAGGAGGAUGAAGGUGCCUAUGGCUCUGGUGGUUACCGGAAGCCAAAACCUUAUGGCGAGGAGACACAGGGAUCAUAUGGUUAUGGAGAGGAGCAGUCCAAGAAUCAGAGUGGUGGGUAUGAGAGGCCAAGCUAUGGUGGGGGAGAGGGGUACUAUGGCCGCAAGAAAGAUGAUGAUGACUCGGAUGAUGAGAAGAAGCAGCGUCAUCAGAAGCACCACCACCAUCCCGCCACGACUACGAUGAUUAAGCACCAGCGCCUUCUGCUGGGUGUGUUUGCUACAUAA